AUGGAACCAAAAACAUCAACAUCCCAGCCAUCCACGAACCCGCCCAGUGUUGAAAUCGCCUACAAGCGCAAAUGCAUCGCGCUCAAGAAGCGUCUCGGCGAGAUUGAAGCUGAAAAUGAAUUGAUGCGCACUCGCAACCGACGCGGCUGGCAAUACAUUCAGAAGAUGCGCCUCGAGUCCUGUAUCCUUCUCGAGCGCCUAGCCAACGUUACGGGAAUGGCCGAAGAAGCCCAGGCCGGCGUGAACCCGGAACUGCGCGCCCGUGCUGCGGCUAUGGUGUCCAGCGGUGGAAGCGCAAACGGCAUCUCCGCGACGAGAAACGGAUCAGGACCAGGAUACUAUGAAGACGAGACAGAAGGGAGUUCAGACGAACAGCCGCCCACACCACAAGAACGUCCACUCCGCGUAAAACGAUCCCGCAAGUCGAACCUGAACAUCGAGGAUGAAGAUGCGCCUGCUUCGGGUACUACUCCUGAGGCUUCUGGGCCAGGGGCAUCGUCAACGUGGCCGCGACUCGCGCCAGCGCCAUCACAAGAGGAGAUGACAUCUUCAUUCCGGAUUCAACAGGGUAAUGGGUCUGGGCCGGAGAAGGAGACUCCGCAUACGAGCGAUCGGGAGGGUGAGAACAGAGAUGCUUCUCCAGAAGGAGCAGAAGAUCCGUCGGUGGAAAACCCAACAACUCCAAUGGACCUCGAUACGAAAGAGCUAAAGGAAGAGAGCUAA